AUGAUAGACGCAUUGCCUCUAGAGCUAUGGAUUCAAAUUCUCAGACUAGCUUGCACGGACAAUGGCUCUACAGGUCGAGCGGUAUCCCUGGUUUGUCGAAGCCUCCACAACAUCGGCAAAUCAGUCACGUUGAACUCCAUCUCCGUCGUCGCCCCCAAACAAGUCAUCCGGUUCGCUGCAGUGCUGGCGUCUCUUCCUCCUGCUCAGAGAGUCGUCAAACAUCUGUUCGUUGCGUCUGCGCCAGACCAGACAAAGAAAAGAGUACAGUCUGACGUCAAAGAUGCUCUGAAGACUUUGAUAUCGCAGCACGCACGUUCACCCGACCUUCCUGUCACUGGAUCUCACGCCAAGUCACUUAUUACCUUCGCCGAGUCAGACGUCGAUGAUGACAAUAUUCUCUUAGCUUUUCAAUGCAUCUUAACAUUUGCGGCACACCAUCUGAGGACACUCCAUGUGUACUUCACAACUUUAAAUCGCCCCUACAUUCUACUGCCCAUCCCUUUGCCUCAUCUGACAGAGCUUGUCAUUUACGGAGCAUUUUACCCCAAAGCCAACUUCUCUCCGCCCAAUCCCAUCAUCUUUCCUUCCCUGACACGCCUACACCUUGCUCACUAUCCAAUUCAUCCACAUGACCUCAUUCCGAUUGUGCUCCCGGGAACGCCUAUGCUCACCCAGCUUCACAUUACCCAAAUUAUGGACACCGCACAGUGCGUUCGAGCAGUCAGAGCUCUCAUUGAAACUGUCGACGGUUUCACAGCCAGUGCACCAAAAUUCAAGAAACUAUUCCUCAGGAUCGACGUCACGAAAAAUAUACCAUGUACCGACUAUCCAGAAAAUGGGAAAAAAUGGGUGGAGGAUCUACGAAGUUGUAUCGGACUGGAUCACAGGAUCACGUUGAUUGAAGGGGGGCAUCCUUGGGUGGACUCAGUAUCUGCGCAGCAGACUUGGCUUUCCAGAAUAACGAAUAUUGAAGAGGGUUGA